AUGACCCACGCCCAGAACAAAGGUUCUCUUAGCCAGAGUCGCAGCACAGUGACGCGGGAACACUGCCCCCGAAGGCUACAUGGUGAGACCAUGGGCGGGGCCUGGCCUGAGCGCACGCUGCGAUUCGGCAGGACCAUGAAGAAGGGCGGGACUAAGCGAGGAAGGGGUGGGGUUAAAGAGAUGAUGGACAGGAGGGAGAAGACUCCGGAGCGGAAUAGGAGGCGGAGCAGGAAAUCUUAUCCCUUACGAGGAAGGGCAGGGGCUUCGGAGGAGGAGGGACUUAGCUGUCACGUUUUGCUCACCCGACUGGAGAAGGACAUCCGGGAGCAGGAGGACACCAGUGAGAGGGAGAAUGAUUCGCUCACUCAACCACCCGUCAAACCUGAAUCCCGGAGCAAGAAACUGGACAAAGGAAAAGACAAAGCCAAGGGGAAAUUCCUGGCGAAGAAGAUGAUACCAAAAACUACAUCUAAAUCAAAAACCCCCAGUGAUGAGCAGGGGUCGCCAUUUCCAGAGCCGCGUAAACGACGACUAGCUUCUCUCAACGCUGAGGCUGUGAACAGUCUGCUGUUGGAGAGACCCAGCGAGAGCCAGCCUGCUGCUAAACAGGCCAGGAGACAGCAGGAUGAGCCCACCAGCGGUGAGUCGUUCCUGGGGACAGAUCCAGCCAAGCGCGGGGUGGCCGGAGGUCCUAAUGCUCCAAGAGCCAGCAACAAGGCCUCCGCAUUGCACAAGCCUGAACCGUGCCAAAGCCUCAGGAAGGCCAAGAAGGUCCCCAAGAAACCGGCCAAACCAGACAGAGGACAGAAGAAAGAGACAGGGUUGAUGACUCUACAGAUGCUACACGCCCCUGCUCCCCGACGGCUAGCUGGACUCAACGCUGCCGCGCUGCUAAAGUUAACGAGCACUUCGGCGACUAGCAAACAGCGAGUGAAAACGACAUCAACGACUGCGACGAUGGACUGCAAGGCUACGAGCACCGCAUCAGUUGACGUGAAGCAGAAGCAACCGCAACAGCGACUGAUUCUUAAACCGUGCGGCCGCCAGCCUAAGCACAAGGGAAGGCAGUUGAUUCCAGAAGAGGUAGGUUGUUCUGCCUGCAAGAAGUCCAACUUUGAGCCCAAAGUAGAGUGGGAGUCUGGCGGUUGCACCCACCGGCUAACCAAACCAGGCUACCAGUCGCGCAGCAUGCUAGCCUACCCGCUGAAGCCCGUCGUCAAAGAGGAGCAUGUGGAGGCAGAGCUGAGCCCAUACUACUGCUGCCCGCCAGAGGGCUCUGUGGAGUACUGCCACCGCCUAGCCUUGUUCCUGGGUCAGCAGGCCUACGCCGACUCCGAAGAACGACCUUUAAACUCUGCCCUGACCUCUGUAAAACGGGAGUGCCUGGUGACGUCACCCUCCAUGGCCCACUCCCAUCCCCACUCUCACGCAGCCCUGACCCUCAGCCCCCACCCCUGCCUCUGCACCGCCGACCCUGCCUGCUUCUCCAGCUACUACGUCCACAUUGCCCAUCCCACACACCCUGGAGCGCCGUCAGCCAACCUCAGCUCGCGACCUCUGAACUUUGGCUCCUCGACGCUAUGUCCCGGCAGGGUGUCUGGCUCCAAGCUGCUGGGUCCUCCGGUGUCCCAUUCCUCGACGCUGGCCCAUCCUGCCUUCUGUGGCUCAGUGAGCAGCACGCCUUGCUACAGCGAGGCCUGCCGGGUCAGCGGCUACACCUACAGAGCCAUGCAGCCGGUCAACAGCAGGGGGUGCUCUUUCUCCACAGGCUGCUCUGGGUGUACACACAGCAUCAAGACAGGUAAGAGGAGGACACAGGGAAUGUAGGCCUACUGAGUAGGCCCUAUAUGCUGAUUUGAAAAAGUAGUGGUAGUUUGGAAUUAUGUAGUGCAUGUACUGUAGAUAUAUUUGAUAAGGGAUAUAUGAGGAUGUGUUAUUAUCAUGUGUGUUUUCUCUCCAUUUGGCGUGAUCGUGACUGAAUUAUGUUUAUCUUACAAGAGGAAGACGUGUCUCUGUCACAGACAUUGAGUACAUUGCAGUAAACAGACAGUAUCUACAGGGAAUCAGAGAAAAGCAUGACAUAGGAAUCGAUUAGGCCUAUGUAGCAUGACAUUUAGUUAGGCCUAUGUAGCAUGACAUUUAGUUAGGCCUAUGUAGCAUGACAUUUAGUUAGGCCUAUGUAGCAUGACAUUUAGUUAGGCCUAUGUAGCAUGACAUUUAGUUAGGCCUAUGUAGCAUGACAUUUAGUUAGGCCUAUGUAGCAUGACAUUUAGUUAGGCCUAUGUAGCAUUGUUUAUGGAGUAAACAGCAGUCUGUUUGUUUGUACAGUAGAUUUUUGACUAGUCUGUUCUUCCUCCCUUCUCUCUGUUCUCUCUCUCUCCAGAGGGUUACUCCUCCCCCCAGGGCGACCACAGCCCCUCCCUCCUGGUCUCUCCCCCUCUCCCCCUCUCAGGCUGCCCCCUCCCCACCACCCCCUCCUCCACCCAGGCCAAGCCCCGUCUCCUCACCCCCCUGUCUGACCGCAGCGUGCCCCAGGCCAGGCUGAAGCUGGCCAAGGAGUGCCCUCAGAGCUCCAAGCCCCCUAACGGCUCUCUGUCCAUGGGGAGAACCAGGCUGUCCCAGAAACAGCCAGCCCCGACACCCAGCCUGUCCCCCGCCAAGCAGAAGAGGGUCAGCCACCGACGGGCCACCAACGGGUGGCUGCCUGUAGGGGUGCCCACAGAGAAAGAAGUGUUCAUUGCGGUGGGUGGGAUCAAGUGUGUGUGUGUGUGUUGAGGUACUGAGAGUUUACUUCCCUCAUACUACCAUGGCAACCUGACCAUCCCUAUCUUUCAAUUGGCUCAUUGUUGUUAAUGAGAAUGUGUUCUGAGUCCUCUCUGAUAGAAUACUGCUGAUGUAGACAGUGACUGGACAAUAAAGAUAAGUGUGUGUUAUGUUUUGACUGUGUGUGUGUGUAUCAGGGGGAGGACGAGACGGCCUUGCGACAGUGUUAUGAAGGAGUACAGAGAGACGGCGAAGUGAUACGUGUCCGAGACACAGUGCUGCUGCGCGCCGGUCCCCGGAAGAAGUCCCUGCCCUACGUCGCCAAGAUAUCAGCGCUAUGGGAGGACCCCAAAUCUGGUGAGAGAGAGAGAGAGACAGCAGGAUGUCUGAACCUGUUGUUGGGGUAUAAUAAUGUGUGUGUGUGUGUGUGUGUGUGUGUGUCAGGGUUUCCAUUAGGAAAAUGUGGCGCUGGACAACGUGACCGGGAAGAUUUUAAUUUUCUAAACACCAUUCUAAACCGUGCACCUGAUAGCGGUUCCAUAUGUGACAGAGUUAGAAACUUAGAAAGAGGGGGAAUCUAAAGAUGCAACAAUUAGGAUGGGUUGCUAAUAUGACUAGGAUUAUGCCUUUGGCUUCUGGACAACGAAAGAAAGUUGAUAUGAAAACCAAUAGAACAGGAGAGAAAUGGCAUAGCGGUGGGUCCAACAGGGAAGUAAAAGUAAAUUAUAUAAUUACUCCUGUCUAUACAGAAUACUUCACCAGAAAGCAUGAUUUGACCACAGAGGAAUCGGGAAUAAUUAGUUUAUUUAAAAAAGAAAAGUGGAUUGUUUCAAAUCACAAGCUCGUAGGCCUAUGCCUAUUUGGGAAUGGGAGGCGCUCUUCAAUUACCAGUUGAGAAAUAAAAAUAGUAGCUAUUUUUAAUCGUGCACCAAACUGUUUUUAACAUGCGAUUGCAUUUAGAAUUGUUGCGCAAUGAAUGGGCUUAUAAAAGCAGAUGUUUUACUCCAGCAGCAACCAGCUGAGGAGCAGCAGGAGAAAUCCCGCUCAGAAUAGGCUCUGGAUGCUGUGCAUGUGUGAUAGUUGUGUUGAAUAAAUAAGAUACAUGAUGACUAACAAAAAUACACAGGCCAAUUUAAUUCCACUAAAUUAUGCAAAUUAACCUAUAGACCGAUAAGCAUGACGGUCAAAUGUAUUUACAUCGACUGGUAUUUCUAUCAAUUAAUAAAAAGCAUUGUUUUGCCAUGGGAUUUUUCUUUUCUCCCAGUCAUUUUGGCCUGCAACAGUUUUAUUGAUCAGCUUUUCAUUUUUUUUAUUGGCCAUAAUAAUAAUAAUAAUAAUAUGCCAUUUAGCAGACGCUUUUAUCCAAAGCGACUUACAGUCAUGCGUGCAUACAUUUUUUUUUUGUGUAUGGGUGGUCCCGGGGAUCGAACCCACUACCUUGGCGUUACAGGCGCCGUGCUCUACCAGCUGAGCUACAGAGGACCAAAAAACAGCUAUUUCCGGCUAACGGAAACCCUGGUGUGUGUGUGUGUGUGUGUGUGUGUGUGUGUGUGUGUGUGUGUGUGUGUGUGUGUGUGUGUGUGUGUGUGUGUGUGUGUGGGCUGUGAAUGGUUGUUUAUGUCUGAAAUGCUGCUUAUGUCUGGCUGGUUAGAGACUGGGCUGGUCCUUUGAUCCUCUGUAGUUGUCUCACUGUCUGCUGUGUGAGUGUUUGCAUGUCACCCUGUCUGGUGUUUUGACCGUGUGUGUGUGUGGGUGUGUCUCUCUUCUCCUCAGGAGAGCUGAUGAUGAGCCUGUUCUGGUACUAUCGACCUGAACACACACAGGGAGGCCGAGACCCCAGCAUGCACUGUGAGGUGAGGACAACUCUCUCUGACUCCACAGAACAACUCGGGAUAACUCUACUCAACUCAACUCUGGCUGCAUCUCAAUAGUCUAAAGAGGCCUCUCCUUGUCUCCUCUAUUUGUCUCCUUUCCUUCAUCUGCACUGAUGUGUGCUGACAUAACUAGUGGAAGCAGAUUUCCAGUAGGCUUCCACCAUAUUGCUUUCACGUCUUCUGUUUCACCAUCAGUGCAGAUGCAAGACAUGAGAUUCCGUGCCUCUCAUCCAUCUUGUCUCUGUACCUUUGAUUGUGUGGUGAUUUAUAUUUCUAUGUCUGUUUCUCUCUUUUCAGAAUGAGAUUUUUGCCUCUCGGCAUCAAGACGAGAACAGUGUGGCCUGCAUCGAAGACCGAUGCUAUGUUCUCCCACUAGCACAGUACUGUCGGUAAGAAACCACACACAUUCACACACACACACACACACACUGAGAAAGAUCAUGUAUCCAUCAUUAACACACACACCAUUGUAGGUGAAACUCCUUGCCGUUUGCUGUUCGCUUUAGCCCAGUGCAGAGGGUAAGAUGUCUCUGAAUUAGCACCUUUCAUCGUCAAGGCAUUCUUUAGUGGGUAAUAUCACACAUCACUGACACUACAAGCACUCUUAGGGAGAGACCUUACUGGAGCGUGUUGACGUGACUGGAGGUAGGAGAGUGAAGGAGGGAAAAGAAAAGAGAACUGCAUUCAAAACUCACUUUGAUUUUCUGUCUAUAGAUUUUGUGCCUUGGUGAAGCGGCGUGUGGACGGUGUGCCCCCUGGCGCUGCCAGAGUGGUCCCCUGCCCCUCAGACUUCGACCCCCCCGACCACCGCCAGGUGCCCGCCAACAUAGACCCCGAACUGGUGUACCUCUGCCGCCACGUCUAUGACUUCCGCUACGGACGCAUCCUCAAGAACCUGCAGUAG